AUGGCAGAUGCACUAAUAGAAUAUGAAUCCGAGUUUAUAACGAUUACGGAUGAGAUUGAAAGAGGUGUAAAGGAUUUACCUAGACUAAAUAAAAAGCCUGCAGAGUUGAGGUCAAAGGCUGAAAUAUUAAGAUCAAGAUUAACUAGAGCAAAACAAAUUUUAAGAAGUUAUAAGAUUGAAACACGUGAAUUACCAAAAGAAGAACAAAGAGAACAUAUAAACAAAGCAAAUUCAUUUGAAGAAAGAGUUAAAACAAUCGAGAAUGAAUUAAAUUGGGCAGAGAAACAAGGAGAAAAUGGAGGUGCUGGUGCUGCUGGUGCAGAGGCUACACCACAAGACGAUUAUAAUCAAACCAUGAUGCAAGCAAGAGCCAUCCAAGAAAAGGAUCUUCAAGCAACCGAUAGAAUCUUGGAAGAAGUCAUUCAAAUGAAUACUGUUGGUACAUCAACAUUGGAAGAAAUGUCAAAACAAGAAGAACAAAUGAAACGUAUUGCAAAGGGAAUGGAUGAAGUGGAUAGUAAUUUAAAGUUGGCACAAAGACAAAUAAGAGUUUUUGCAAGAAAAAUGGCUACCGAUAAAUUGAUCAUGGGUCUUGUAUUACUCAUUGUCAUUGCCAUUGUUGUAACUAUCAUUGUUUCAAUUGUUAAACCUGGUUCAAAUGAUAAAGUUCGUGAUAAAGUUGUUGGUAGUGGUUCUCAAGCUUAA